AUGCCUGUGCUUCUCACCGAUAAUAUAGCCUGUGAACUAGGGCUUUCCAAUGGUACUCAAGGAAUUUUUCCAGAACUCAUAUACGAUGAUCAGGAGGAUCCGAGUGAUUUAAAGAUAAAAAGCAAAAUAUUUCCCUCAAGUACAAUCUUCAUACGAAAACCAUUAUAUGCAUUCGUAGAAAUUAAUACAUCACAAAUAGAAACAAAUCUCGAUGGCCUUCGUCCCAAACUAAUUCCCAUUCCAUUAAUCAAGAAGCAAUUCACUGUUCCUAUAAAGCAACUUUUCGGACAUCUGCUCGACCAAGUACAAAAUGGGAGAAGAAUUCCACAAGUCAUUCAAGUCACACGAACCCAACUCCCAAUUGUAUCUGUCUUCGCAAUAACUACAUAUAAAGCGCAAGGGCUCACAAUAAACAAAAUUGUAGUCGAUCUUCAAUCUCCACUUCAAACAUUGCGAGUGGCGUCAGUAUAUGUACCACUCAGCAGAAUGAAGAGAGCGGAAGAUAUAGUCAUUCUUCGACCUUUUGAUAUGAAGAUUCUACAAGUACGACCUUGUCUUGCUCAAGACGCUGAACCGAAACGGCUAGAUGAACUCGACCAAAAGACAAAGCGAGAAUGUGCCUCUCUCAUUUUGUAA